CCAGACCAGGGCUUGAACCCGUGUCCUCUGCAUUGGCAGGCGGAUUCUUAACCACUGCACUACCAGGGAAGUCCCCCUGCCAUUAUUUUAAAUUAAAAUUGGUGAUGCUUACAGUAGUCAUUACAAACUAAUUAUUCGUAUAUGUAAGGGAGAGAAGUAUAAAAUUUUAACUAAAUAUCUGGGUAUACAUAGAAAUUUCUAGAUUAUUAUAGGCCGACAUGUUUAAUAUUCAGGGAACAAAAUCUCUUCCAAGUUUCAAGUUUAUUUUUUUUCUCAGAGCAUGCUAAGUCUUUUAGGAAAAGGUCUGCCCUUUGAAUAGUUGAACCAUUUCAUGGUUAUUGCCAAAAUAAACUCAAAGAUCUAAAUGAAGAAGCCCUGACAUUCUUCAUGUUACACAUACCUCUUAUUGCCUAUGGUACAGUGUAGGGCUUCCCAACCUUGUCAUGUCACAGCACACACUGAAAAUUACAAAAUUUGGCACACCUGGGGAGAGGUGCCAGCUGAUGUAGAUGCUGGCAGCAGGUGCUCUGCUCAGAAGUUUUUAUGCCAAAAUAAUUUUUCAGUUUAUGAGCCAACAAACACUGUUGGGAUAUAAUUUCAGCAAUGGCAAAUGUUUUAAAAGUGAUGUAAAUAUUUGAAAUAUUUAUUACUAUAAAAAUUUACCUUUACCAAUAUCUUUUGGCAUACCUGAAACUUUUAUAGUGAUUAUCCAUAGGCAUAAUAUUACAGACCUUUACACAGAUAUUUUAUGACUCAUUCUUUUGUACAUCACAUACUGUAUGAAAAGUGGGAGUGGUAUGUGGGAACAUUUUUAGUAGUGCUGGCAUGAUUUUCAAUAAAGUGUGUUAAGAUUGAUAACUUGUUUCCUCAUGUAUGUAGUUUGGAAGUUAGCUCUGUUUUUGAAGUGGGAUUUUCUGCCACUUGCCUCUAACAGCAGUUUCUACUUUUGUUGGUUUUUACAGAUUAUUCUAUAUCCCAAGGAGAUGGUUCAUUUAUAUGAAACCCCAGAGUGGACAUGGAUGAGUUUCAAGUGGCAUGAGUACCUUGAAAAGAUACACCAAGUUUUGUGUUCCUGUCUUUGCUAUGAAUUUCACUCUCUGUAGUCCUCACCAGCAGCUGUGGUUUAAUCAUUCAGUAAAAGAGAAGAAUCAUUAACUAGGAGAAAAUGUCAAAUCUAAAAAUGAAAGAGGCAGCCCUUAUCUAUCUUGACAGAAGUGGAGGCCUCCAAAAGUUCAUAGACAAUUGCAAAUCCUACAGUGAUUCAAAACAAAGUUAUGCUGUCUAUCGAUUCAGUAUUUUAGUAAAUCCCUCUGAUAUUAUUGAGUUGGAUGCUGAACUUGGAAAUCAUAUUUUACACCAGCCUUUAAAAGCUGCUCAAGUUUUUCAAUCAGUCUGUUUUAUUGCUGUUAAGACUCUCUCAUUAAUUGAACAAUUACAGACUGAAGCUCAAAUUAAUAUACUGCUGAAGUUAACACAUUUACCUCCUCUGCCAAGUUAUAGUCUUGAUCUUUGUGAGUUUCCGCUUGAUUAUACAUCUCAAAGAUUUUAUAUGAUGCAAGGAAUUGUGAUUGCAAUGACAACUGUAACCAAGUAUACACAAGGUGCAAGAUUUCUUUGUUCAGAUGAAGCAUGCCCUCUUUCAAAAGGAUUUCAGUAUAUAAGAGUGCAUGUACCUGGUGCUACAGAGUCUGCAACGAUAAGAAAUGACUUUUUGUGUAAUCUAUGUUCAUCUUCACUUCAAGAAGACAGAAAAUUUAGAGUACUUGGUGAUAAACAGAUAGUUGAAAUAAUUACCACAAAGGCACUUCGUGCUUUUCAAGGAUAUUCUAACAACCAGCCAUUUAGGUUUCAAUCUCUCACAGUCUUCCUCAGAGAUGAAUUAGUGAAUGAAAUGAAUAUAGGAAAUGAGUAUAAGAUUAUUGGAAUUCCAACCUGUGUAAAAACAUCACAAACUGCUCUCUGUAUAGAGGCAAAUAGUAUCACUUUUUUCAAUCCAAAAGUUCCUUCAGGAAUUAGCGACAAUUUCAGGUGUCUCCUCUCUUUGACUUCCAGCUCGUACUGGAAGUUUACAGCAAUACUUGCCAAUAUCUUUGCAUCACAAAUUGUUCCUCCUGGGACUUACAAUUUGCUCAAGCUCUGUUUGUUGAUGAGUCUAGUACAGACAAGUGACCGUAACAAGGAACUGGAAGAUUGCCUGGAUCUUUUAAUUAUAACAAGUGAUAUUCUACUCGUAGACAGGCUUUUGAAUUUUAGUAUAAACCUUGUGCCCCGUGGUAUACGUCAUCCAGUCUCUACUGAAAUUUUUCCUACUCUAUCCAGGAAUAAGUAUGGAACUGGAGCAGUUAGCAUUCAAGGUGGCAGUGCUUUGCUAGCUAAAGGUGGUAUCUGCUUUAUAGGAGACUUGGCUUCACACAAAAAAGAUAAACUUGAACAGCUUCAAUCAGCUGUGGAAAGUAGAAGCAUCACAGUAUACAUAUCAGGAAAGAAGUUUGGGGAUGAUAUGGAUCAGCAAAUGACUUUUCCAGUUCAGUGCAGUUUUUGGUCUUUUGUUGAUAUGGAUUCAUCUUCAAGAAGAAAUGUACAGAAAACCAAUACUCUAAUUGGUCAGAUGGAUUGCAGUUUGAUUCCAGCUAAUCUCAUAGAGGCAUUUGGAUUAUUGAUUAACUGCAAUGAGUCAUCUCCUUGCCACCCACUUCUUCCUACUGUGCAACAUACUUUAAAGAAAGCCAUUGAUCCUGAAGGGCUGCUUUAUGUAGCUUCUAAACAGUUCACAACUGAAGAUUUUGAAAAGCUGCUUGCUUUUGCAAAGAAUUUGAAUGUCGAAUUCAGCUUGGAGGCAGAAAGAAUGAUUCAUGGCUAUUACCUAGCAAGUCGCAGAAUCAGAACAGAUUCUAUAUGUGGAUCAAAGCUGUCAGCAUCUGCAUUAAAAUAUUUAGUUUCCCUAUCUGAAGCCCAUGCUCGACUGAACCUAAGGAAUAAAGUGCUUAAAGAAGAUGUACUUAUUGCAGCCUUAUUAUUUGAAACAUCUCUAACAUUGAAAUAUGGGGCCGCUGUACUUUGUGUUGCUCCAAAUGCAGUAUUUCCAUUUGAACUGUAUAAUGAAGAAUAUUUAGAGCAAAGGGAUAUCUAUCUGACUCAGUGCCAACAACAGCUCCAACAGUUUAUUGCCACAUAUGGACCUGGGACAGCUAUCUUUGCUAGCGAUGAAUAGGCAAUCUGAGGAAAUUUUUCCUUCAUUCCUUUUUAAGCAGUGGAAAAAAGUGUGAGUGAUUUUGAAGUAAUGCUUCAGGUAAUCUUGUGUGUAGGGGUACAUUAGAAUGCCACCUUAAAAAAUAUAAAAUAUGAUUUCUUCAAAUUAAUUGCUAAUGGAAUAAACACUAAUACAAAUCUCAAAGCCAACAGCAGAAAUUUAUAAUUUAGGAUAAUCUUAUUAAAAAAACUUCUGGUUAGCCCAGUGUACCAGUGGUCCACAGAUUAAAAUAUAAAGAAUGUUGCAAACUAAGCAAUGGAAAAAAAAAAAUAGUAACUUUUGUGUAGUUCCCUCUAUUUGUCACAAGAUGGCAAUAACACUUUAAAUAUUUAUUUACAAAGUAAAACCAUUUUUUUCUUCAUUUGUGAACCUGAAAAGUUGAUGAGUAAAUAACAGCAUUUAUAUAACCAGAAGCCUUCAAUGUAAGGACUUUUCAUGCUAGAUACUGACAUGUCUAUUAUGUUGUUUUAGAAGUCCUAAUUAUGGGAUCAGGAAAAGCCCUGGAAAUUUUCCAUUUUUAAACCAGGUUAAAUGAAAAGAAGUAAGUUCCAUUGAAUCAAGGAGCAGUAAUUGGCUCCUUAAACCUAACUAGUUACAAGAAAGGUACCAAAAGCCAAAGAAACCAAUUUGCAAACCGUCUUCAUUUUUGGAGGGAAGAUAUCUGCUCUGAAAAGGGAGGAACACCGUGCAAAAAUAUACUUAUCUUGUAAAAUCCCCAAAUCCUUAUUUUUAUUUUCCAAAGUUUUAAUUAAAAAGACAGUUCUACUCACUAAAAGGAAAAUGUCAUCACAAAAUUGCCACCUUAUUAACCAAGACACUGUCAUGCAUCAAUUCUUUAGAAAUAGGUACUUCAUGGAGUUUAACUGUGAAGGCAGACAGCUCUCUCACUCUCUAGAGGACUUUUUAACAAGUCACUUACUACUUUCUUUCCUUGCAGUUCAUUCAACAGUAUUUACUGAAUAUCCACUAGUGCCAGAGACUAUACAGUGUUGUUUUCAGAAGGCAAACCUAGUCUAAAAAAAAAAUCAUAUAUUACAAAUUAAAGACCUUAUUUUGUGGCUUCUUAUAUAUUUCAGUUUUUUGUUCUCUAUGGGGUGA